GCGGCGUUGCGGGCGGCGGGCGCGAUGUAUCUCCGCAGGGCGGUCUCCAAGUCCCUGGCGCUGCCUCUGCGGGCGCCUCCCAGCCCCGCGCCGCUGGGGAAGGACGCAUCUCUUCGCCGGAUGUCAUCUAACAAAUUCCCUGGAUCAUCUGGAUCAAAUAUGAUUUAUUAUUUGGUUGUAGGUGUCACAGUCAGUGCUGGUGGAUAUUAUACUUACAAGGCAGUCACAUCAGAGCAAGCCAAACACACGGAACAUAUAACAAAUUUGAAAGAAAAAACAAAAGCAGAGUUACUUCCACUUCAAGGUGAAAAAGAGAAUAUUGCAGAAGCUGAGGAAGCAAGUGCGGAAGCCCCUGAAGUAUCGGUAGUGGCAGCUGAGGUGGUAGGCACAGAAGAAAUUCCAGGUGCUGCCGUCGUGGUCAUAGAAGAAGCUUCAGCCUGUCCAGGUGAUGUGGAGACUGCUCCGGUGGAGACAACAGCAGUCAGUGCUGAAACUGGGCCAGAGAUUACAGAUGCAGUGACGGCUGAAACCUCUGAAGUCAAUUCUGAAAUGACCCCAGAGGUUAUGAAUGCAGCUCCAGAUGAAGCUGUUGCCAUCAAUAAUGAUAAAGGUACCACAGAGAACAAGAGCUCUGAUGAAUAUGCUGAGCUAGAAGAAGGAAAUUCUCCAGUUGAAUCAGAACCCUCUGAUGGAGAUGAUUUACAGGAAGAAGCCAGAGUUGGUUCUGAGGCUGCCUCCACUCAAGGUUAAUCUCAUGCUGGUAGACUUUCCAGCAAAAAAUGCCAUAGAGUGUCUGAUAGGUGCUUUUAUAGUUUUCUUAGUUUUAAAAAAAGGUUUCUUUGUAGAAAACUUCUAAUGUGCCUUGAAGAUUUUUGGUAUCUACUGAUACAUUUUAGGAUUGAGAGAUUUGAAAUUUUACACAUCUUAGUAAUUUUACAUGUCUUAAUAGUUUUCUACUCUCUGAGAUCAGAAUAUUCCAU